CUCACGAUAAACCAGCGGAAACGCCGACCCAAUUGUACGUCACGACGCUGAAGUCAGACUCCGAGUCGACAGUGAUGUUAUUCUAGAGAAAAUGUAUGUUUUGAACUUUUGAGAAUGGGACUCGAACAUUCAUGAAAGUUAAACUAAAAUGUCUAAAACUAUUUCACUGUAUUAAAGUGUAAAGAAACGGAGAACGUGUACUUUUCAAUCUUUCUCCUAUCUAUCGAAUUGGAAGCUAACUUCAACGUUGUUUGAAACGUCAUCAGCAAGUUAGCUAGCUAGCUGAAUUAGCAACGAGCUAACCAGAGACUUGCCUGUGUUGUUAGCUGUGCUUAGCUUCAGCUAACGUUGUCAAGUUUGCACUAUGGAGGUUUUACGUCCCUCGCUUAUCAAUAUAAAUGGAAGAAUAUACAGAAGAAAUGUCAUCAAGGAGGAACAGUUUGAGGAAGAGGAGGAUUUCUCCUACAUGGGUCCAUCAGAGAGUGAAGAGCUCGCGGCAGAGGAAACCUGUGACACCCACCUCAUUGAACAGACUGAUAAAGGAUACCGCUGUGCCAUCGACGUCCCAAGUGUCCUCUACAAAUACAUCAUCGGGAAAAAGGGAGAGACACGCCGGCGUCUAGAGACAGACACAAAGACGUCGAUCAACAUCCCGAAGCAAGGGGUGGAGGGACAGAUUGUUAUAACAGGCUCCCACAAAGCUGCCGUUUCAUCUGCUGUCACUCGAGUUGAGGUCCUCCUUGACGGUUUCCGGAGAAAGCAGCCUUUCACGCACUUCCUGUCAUUUCCUCUGAAUGAUCCAAAAAUCCAAGAAGGAUUCCUUCGGUUUAAAGAUGAGGUGUUGGAGAAGUGUUCACAGGAUCAUGGAGUAGAUGGAAGCAUCUUUCAGAACCCUGCAAAGCUUCAUCUGACUAUCGGCACAAUGUCUCUGUUAAAUGAGAUGGAAGUGAGAAAAGCAUGUGAACACCUCCAAGAGUGUCAAAACGUCCUCAGGGAAAUCGCUGGAGGAAAACCUCUGCCGCUGGAGGUGACGGGUAUAGAGUACAUGAAUGACGACCCAGCCAUGGUGGAUGUGUUGUACGCCAAAGUCAAUGUGAAAGACAGAUCUGACAAGUUACAGGCGAUCGCAGAGCGGCUGGUCGAGCACUUUGUGUCGGCAGGGCUGAUGGUCAGAGAGUGGGACCGGGUGAAGCUGCACGGCACCGUGAUAAACACUCUGUUCAGGAGGGACACCACAGGUGAAGACACAGGCAGCUCCAGGAGACAAACCACGAACGAAAGAGAGGCUUUCGAUGCCAGGAACAUAUUAAAGGAAUUCGGCGCUCAUCGUUUUGGAGAGUUUGAGCUGAAGACUGUCCAGCUGUCCCAGAGAUAUUCCACAGAUUGUACGGGUUACUACACGUCUGCAGGGAGCAUGAGCUUCUCAUGAGAUACUCAAGAGCUGACCUUAUUUCUGAGGGACAUGAUUAAGGACGUACCGGGCAGAUGUCUUCACUAAUGAUCGCACUGAGAACACAUGUGAGGGAACAUACGCCAUCCGCAGCCAGACUGACUCUCAAGACAGACUCAAUAUGUCACGAGAUUCAUAAGGUUUAUAUUAACGCAAGAUGUUCACACUAUGUGUUUAUUUAAAUGAGCAAAUGUGGGUUUUGUUGUGUUUUUGGAAAAUGUAUCAACUGUAAGUCUAAAAAUAGGAAGAAUUGUGCAGCAUUAAGCCUUGAUGACGUUAACAGUGUUUUGGGACAAUGAUAACAUCCUGUGAAAUCAAAUUAUAUGUUAUUACAGUUAUGUUUCACUAUGUUAUCAUUUAUUUUGUGUUCAUACACCAGAAUACCAUUAUAGUUACCCACACUAGGAAUUAGAGAAAUUAUAAUAAAGGACAAAACGUUGCAGUGUGUUGUAGAUCAUUAAUUGAAUACUGCUCACAAAUUUCGAACAGUGAAGUAAAGUGAAUUGUUGAGGAAAAAUGCGUCUCAUAGUUUGUUAGUGCCCAAGGCAACAUCUUUAAAUCAUUUGUCUUGUCCGACUAACAAAGCAACACCCAAAGAAAUACAAAUGUAAAAGAUACAAAACAGGGAAACGCAGGAAAGUCUCUUAUUUUUUAAGCUGGAACAAGCAACUGUUUGGUAAUUUGGUUGAUAAUUGGCAGGACUGAUGAUUGACUCUGCAUUUUAUUCAUAUUCUAGUUAGCAUUAGAAUUUUAAAACACCUUUAUGCGUUUAUAUGAUUUGUAAAGAUUCCUUAAAGGCAGAAUUGAUUUGAUUCUCUGAUCAAAUCCUGUGUGUGUGUGUGUGUGUGUGUGUGUGUGGGUGGGUGUGCGUGUCUGUGUGGGUGCACUUGCUUACCCACAUACAUCUUUGUUCUGUCACAUCUCACCCUAAUUAGUCUUGUCUGUGCAGUAGGGACCUCCUGUCUGACCCUUGAGAUUUCGAGUCCCCUCCAAUAAGCCUGAUAAAUGCGACCCCUCACUCUGUUUCUCUUAAUGUUUCCAUGUUUCCUUUGAGGGUUUGUGUUCCUAUUGCUGAAGAUCUGAGGAGACACGAGAGCUGAGUUUCAAAUGUUUCACAGUUUAAUUGUCUUUGCGCCCACGUGUGCAUGUGCUCGUUUACAUGCUCUGAUGGGUCGUAUCAUAUGAUUUGAGGUUUGUUCCUGAUCUACUCUUAAAACAAGCCUUCAUGUGUAAAACCAUCUGAGAAAACAGUUUUCCCCUGUAUUAAAAGAAUAGAAGGAAA